CCGCCACCGCACCUUUUCCUUGCCCACCACCACAUCCCCAUCACACACACACACACACAACACCAUGUCCUCGUCCAUCAAGCUCCUCAGCGGCGACUUCGGCCACGUCAUCAACGGCAAGCUCGACACCGCGCCCAACGCCAAGCGCCUCGAUGUCAACAACCCGGCCACCGGCGAGCACCUCGCCUCGGUGCCCAUCUGCGACCGCGCCACGCUCGACAAGGCCGUCGAGGCCGCCGCCGCCGCGUUCCCCGCCUGGCGCGACAAGUCGUGGGCGGAGCGUGCCGAGGCCGUCAAGAAGUGGGGCGAGCACUACCAGUCGUCGAUCCCCGACCUCAUCCCGCUGCUCACUGCCGAGCAGGGCAAGGCGCUCGGCAUCUCGCACUACGAGGCCAAUGCCGUGACGGAGUGGUUCCAGGCGAUGCCCACGAUGGAGCUCAAGGAGACGACUGUGCUCGACGACGAGAAGAUGAAGGCCAUCACGCGCUACACGCCUCUCGGUGUCUGCGCCGGCAUUGUGCCGUGGAACUUCCCGAUCCUGCUCAUGGUCUGGAAGAUCAUUCCGGCCGUGCUGACCGGCAACACGAUCAUCAUCAAGCCGAGCCCGUUCACGCCGCUUUGCGACAUCCGCAUCGUCGAGGCUGCGCAGCAGUUCUUCCCGCCCGGCGUUGUGCAGGUCGUCGUCGGCGACGACAGCCUCGGCCCGUGGAUCACUGAGCACGAGGGCAUCCGCAAAGUGUCCUUCACGGGCUCCAGUGCCACGGGCCGCCUCGUCGCCAAGAGCUGCUCGGCGACGCUCAAGCGCUUCACGCUCGAGCUCGGCGGCAAGGACCCGUGCGUCGUCAUGGCCGACGUCGACUUCGAGAAGGCGAUCCCGCAGAUCUUCAUGGCUGCGACGCUCAACUCGGGCCAGACGUGCGUGUGCGCCAAGCGCAUCUACGUCCACGACUCGAUCUACGAGAAGUUCUCGCAGGCGCUCGCGGGCGCGUUCCAGAACGGCGCCGUGGUCGGCGACCCGCUGAAGGAGGGCGUGCUCAUCGGCCCCAUCAACAACAAGAUGCAGCACAAGAAGGUCAGCGAGUUCUUCGACGACGUCAAGUCGAAGGGCUACAAGACGUUCGCCGGUGGCGACAUCACUUCGUCGGGCGACGGCCUCUUCGCCACGCCCACGCUCGUCGACAACCCGCCGGACGACAGCAAGAUUGCCGUCGAGGAGCCGUUCGGCCCCAUUGUGCCGCUCUUCCGCUACAAGGACGAGGCCGAGCUGCUGAAGCGCAUCAACAGCUCCGAGUACGGCCUCGGCGCAUCCGUCUGGUCGACGGACCUCGAGAAGGCCGGCGCCUUUGCACGCAAGAUUGACAGCGGCAUCGUCUGGGUCAACUCGAGCCCCGUGCUGCACCCGCGCGUGCCCUUCGGCGGCUGCAAGUCGAGCGGCAUCGGCUGCGAGAACGGCGACCAGGGCCUGCAGGGCUGGUGCCAGCUGCACUCGAUCUGCGUCGCGAAGUAGGCGUGCGCAUCCACCGUUCCUUUCUGUUCUACCGGCUUAGCUUGCAUCCCAAUGAUAUCUCCUC